GCUUAUCUGACUUCAGUAUACCUGAACGGCUCCUCGAUUCUUACGACAAUAUUAUCGUUCCUAGAUGAUAUGGGGAUCUACUUCCUGUUUUUCUGCGUGUUCCUGCGCCAGUAUCAGCUAUAUCGAAUCUUGUGCACAAAGAAGAAAUCGAGAUGUAUAAAGGUGACCGUCCGCUUCCUGAUUGUCUACGCAAUAGCCAUAUUGGUGGCCCUGACAGUCAUUCUGCUGUGCGAAUUCACGGAUUCCUGUCCCCUCUGGGCGUUUGAUAUCUAUUAUUUCUUACCUGGUAUCAUAUUAGUUUGUUGUUCCUGCUAUUGCUGCUGGAAAAUGUGGGCCGUCUCCUUUGUCUUCCGUGAUCAGCAUGCCUUGAUGCGCUUGACAACGGUUGCG